AUGGAGGCCCCGAGCAGCCACGUCACCGCCUCCUUCUCCGACUGCGACGACAGCGUCUCCAUGGAGGACGCGGCGCCCGACGCGGACGUGGAGGCGCUCCGCCGCCUCUCCGACAACCUCGCCGCCGCCUUCCGCUCGCCGGACGACUUCGCCUUCCUCGCCGACGCGCUCGUCGCCGUGCCGGGCGCGCCCGACCUGCGCGUGCACCGCUGCGUGCUGUCCGCGCGGAGCCCCUUCCUGCGCGCCCUCUUCAAGCGCCGCGCCGCCGCCGCCGGGUCGUCCGGCGGCGUGGAGGGGAACCGGCUGGAGCUCCGGGAGCUUCUCGGCGACGAGGUCGAGGUCAGGUACGAGGCGCUGGAGCUGGUGCUCGACUACCUGUACAGCGGCCGCGUCCGCGACCUCCCCAAGUCGGCGUGCGCCUGCGUCGACGAGGGCGGCUGCGCGCACGUCGGCUGCCACCCCGCCGUCUCCUUCAUGGCGCAGGUCCUCUUCGCCGCAUCCACCUUCCAGGUCGGCGAGCUCGCCAACCUCUUCCAGUUCUCUAUUGUUCUAUUGUUUCAUGUUUUUGAGAAGCGAGUACUAACCCAUGUUAUGCCCUUCUUUUCCAUGCAGCGGCAUCUCCUUGAUUUCCUUGAUAAAGUUGAAGUGGAUAACCUUCCGUUGAUCUUAUCUGUUGCAAACUUAUGCAACAAAUCUUGCGUGAAACUGUUCGAGAGAUGCAUGGAGAUGGUAGUCCGGUCAAAUCUUGACAUGAUUACUCUAGAGAAAGCAUUGCCUCAAGAUGUCAUCAAGCAAAUUACUGAUUUACGGAUAACUCUUGGAUUAGCUUCACCCGAAGACAAUGGCUUUCCUAACAAACACGUAAGAAGGAUACUCAGAGCACUUGAUUCUGAUGAUGUGGAGCUUGUCAGGAUGCUGCUCACAGAAGGGCAGACUAACCUUGAUGAUGCAUUUGCAUUGCACUAUGCUGUAGAACACUGUGACUCAAAAAUUACAACAGAACUUCUGGACAUCGCACUUGCGGAUGUUAAUCUCAGAAACCCAAGAGGUUAUACUGUUCUUCACAUCGCCGCUAAGCGGAGAGAUCCUAAAAUCGUUGUCUCCCUUUUAACCAAAGGUGCCCGGCCUUCAGAUUUUACAUUUGAUGGAAGAAAAGCAGUUCAAAUCUCAAAGAGACUCACAAAACAUGGUGAUUAUUUUGGGAAUACUGAAGAAGGAAAGCCGUCUCCCAAUGAUAAAUUAUGCAUUGAGAUAUUGGAGCAAGCUGAAAGAAGGGAUCCACAACUUGGAGAAGCAUCACUUUCUCUUGCAUUGGCUGGUGACUGUCUUCGUGGAAAGUUACUGUACCUUGAAAACCGAGUUGCUUUGGCAAGGAUAAUGUUUCCAAUUGAGGCAAGAGUAGCAAUGGACAUUGCUCAAGUGGAUGGUACUUUGGAAUUUACCCUUGGUUCUAGUACAAAUCCACCUCUGGAGAUAACAACCGUUGAUCUGAAUGAUACUUCUUUCAAAAUGAAGGAGGAACACUUAGCUCGGAUGAGAGCCCUCUCCAAAACAGUUGAACUCGGCAAACGUUUCUUCCCACGCUGUUCAAAUGUGCUGGACAAGAUCAUGGACGAUGAACCUGAGCUGGCUUCCCUCGGAAGAGAUGCAUCCUCCGAGAGGAAGAGGAGGUUUCACGACCUGCAAGAUACGCUUCUGAAGGCGUUCAGCGAGGACAAGGAGGAGUUUAACAGAACGACAACCCUUUCAUCUUCGUCAUCGUCGACGUCCACUGUAGCAAGGAACUUGGCAGGUCGAACUAGGAGAUGA